CUUAGCCACGCGUACCCAGUCAUUGGGUACGGUAGACACUUGGCCGAAGACCAGCAUCAAGAUAAGGUCAGCGAGAGCUGUGGCCCAGGAUGCGCAGGAACGGGUGGUGCCGUUAGUGUUGGACGACAGCUCGCUCGAGAGGCCACCAGAACCAGAAGGGGGCCACGAAGAAGGCCCCCAGAAGGGCCUGCUGGAUGGUCUAGUUUGCGAGCGACCAUCAUCGUCGUCGUCGUCGUUGUUGUUCUCGUCCUUCGAUCCGGAUCGAGAGAGGCACGAAGAGGAAGAAGAAGGAGAGGAGGAAGGAAAGGGGAGGCUGGAAGAGAGAACGGAGGGAGAGCUCCGAGAUACUGGCUCUGUUCCGAGUGCGCUGGCGGACUUUGAGUUAGAACUUGUCGACGAGAAGGAAUACGCAAUUCGAGUUUGUCUUUCGUCAACGGACGUGCCAGUCUGUGUUCAUCGAAAGAGACAAGCGGAGGAAAAAUAUCAUCACCACCACCACCAUCAUCAUCAUCACCAUCACCAUUACGAUCAGCAGAAACAACAGCAGCAGCAUCCUUCGAGACAAGAACACCAAGAAGAUACGAAAUCCUCAAGAAGAACAACGUCGGACAACGUUGAAGGUUUUCGAAGUAGAAUUUGCGGGGAAGGUAGACAACAGAGAUCCUCCUAUUGUAGGAAUCACCAUCAUCAUCAUCAUCAUCAUCAUCGUCAACGUCAUCAAGGAGGAGGAGGAGGUGGAGGUGGAGGCAGCGGUGGAGGAGGAGGACCUGGAGUCGAUCAGAAUCAUCGUCCCUGCCGAGUUCAUGCUCGAAGGAGAGAAUUUUCGAGGGAAAAACAGCCAAAGGAAGAACGGACAGAGGAUCGUAGAGAUUUGAGACACUCGGAGGAAGUCGAGUGUUCGAUCAUACAUCUCGAUCAGGAUCCGAUUCUUCGUCCGGUACGGGUACUCGGUUGUUCUCCUGCGGAAGGACAAGAGAUAUCCUCGUUCUUGGAACCGUCUGUCGUUAGUGGUGUUGCUAGUGGUGGUGGUGGUGGUGGUGCUAGUGUUGUUGGCUGUGCUGGUAGCACUACAGGUGCUUCUACCUCUGUUCAAAGCGUGCCGUACGUUUACAGUGGACUUUCCACGAGCGGAAUUGCGACGGAGGGUCCUUGCUACGGUCUGUACAACCCGGAUAAUAUACGGCCAAAGAGCCGUGUCGGGAGCCGCUUCGCCAAGAUCCUCGAGAGACCGAAUCGCGCGGUGAAGGACGUUAAUCGUAAAGUGCUAGCAAUGAUACGCGCUAUGACGCCUUCCUGGUCGUUGCGUCUUCUCGGCGUCAGCUGCGGUUCCGUGGUUUGCGCCUGGGGACUUCUUCUGAUACUCUCAGUUCUCGGUGGUGGUGCAUCUCACGGUACUGGUACCGGCAUCGGCAGUUUUGGCCUUGGAAGUCUCUCCGGUACUAUGGACGAUCUCAAUGCAGCCACUUGUCCUUGGGCUUGUUCCUGUGGAGGUCAAGAGGUUGACUGUUCUCAUCGAGGACUUACGCAGAUACCUGGCGACCUGGCUGCUCUUCUACUUGCCGAAAAAUUAGAUCUUCAAGGAAAUAAUAUCUCGGUUAUAUUUAAGACGGACUUUGAAGACAUGGCGACGCUUCAUGUAUUGCUAUUAUCGAACAAUCAGAUCCAUACUAUCCAAAGAGGGGCGUUCCAAGAUCUGGUCGGUGUGGAGAAACUGCGCCUCAAUAACAAUCAAAUUCGUCAUCUCCCGGAUCUCCUCUUCAGCAACAUGAUGAACUUAAAACGGCUAGACCUAAGUCACAACCAGAUAGCUACGAUAGGACCGAAGACGUUAAGAGGAGUCUCUGCUCUCAGGCACCUUUUACUGGAUAACAAUGUGUUGACGUGCAUCGACGAAUCCUCGAUAAGAGAAUUGAAGGAUCUCGAGAUUUUAAUGCUGAACAACAACAAACUGACGACGUUAGGAAAAGAAAUGCUCACUGGUUUAUCGCAUUUACGGACUCUCAAGCUAGCCGAUAAUGCUUUCGCUUGCGACUGUCACUUAACAUGGCUUUCUCGACAUUUGAGAACGUAUUCUCGUCUCGGACAACAUACGCGUUGCUCGUCUCCUGCACAUUUGAAGGAUCGAAGUCUCGCUGAUUUGCAGGAACACGAGUUCAAAUGCUCCGGCUUGGUAGAACGAGCGGGCUCGGAAUGCAGUGCGGAACCGCAAUGCCCGCAUCCCUGCAAAUGCGCCAACGGAAUCGUCGAUUGCCGAGAGAAUUCCUUGACGAAAGUACCGACCCAUCUUCCGGAGGACACCACGGAAUUACGUUUGGAACAAAAUGGUAUCAUGGAGAUUCCACCCAAGGCCUUUUCACCAUAUAGAAAAUUACGGAGAAUCGACCUCAGCAAUAAUCAAAUUCAAAAGGUGGCUUCUGAUGCGUUCCACGGUUUGAAAUCCCUCGAAUCUCUAGUUCUCUAUGGAAAUAAGAUCAGCGAACUUCCAGGUGGUCUCUUUCAAGGACUCUCCAAUUUGCAAUUACUAUUACUCAACGCCAAUGAAAUUUCUUGUAUAAGGACCGAUCUUUUCCGAGAUCUUUACAACCUCACUCUUCUUUCUUUAUACGAUAAUAAUAUCAAGUCUCUGGCGAAUGGAACCUUCUCAAAUCUACGGAGUAUUAAAACACUACAUCUAGCAAAAAAUCCUUUCAUCUGCGACUGCAACUUGCGAUGGUUGAGUGCCUACCUUCACGCACAUCCAAUCGAGACGUCUGGUGCAAAAUGUGAAUCGCCGAAGAGGGCGCAGAAGCGGAAGAUCGAUUCGAUGCGGGACGACAAGUUCAAAUGUAAGGGUGACGAAGAACUUUUAACAAAGAGGGCUGGUGAAUGCAUUCUACCCGGUGCAUGCCCUUCUCCUUGCUCGUGCAAUGGAGCAACUAUUGAUUGUUCCAGUAAGAAGCUUACCUCGAUACCCAGAGAUCUACCCAUUUACACUUCCACUCUUUUGCUAGGCAACAACGAGUUGGACAAGAUCAAAGCGGACGGGCUAUUCCAGAAGCUUCCGGAAUUGCAGCAUCUGGAUCUAAGGAAGAAUAAAAUCUCACGCAUCGAAGCGUCCGCUUUUCAAGGAGCACACAAGCUCACCGACCUAUUGUUGUCUGACAAUCGGCUGAGAGAAGUUCACAACAAGAUGUUCACUGGUCUAACGAAUCUAAAGAGCUUGAAUCUCCACGGAAAUGCUAUAACCUGCGUGAUGCCUGAGGCUUUCGACGGAUUGGCUCACAUUCGUGCCAUCAACAUGCAAGGCAAUCCACUGUCGUGUAAUUGUCACCUCGCAUGGUUCGCCGGAUGGCUCAGGAAACGAGAUAUGACAGGAAUGACCGGUCGUUGUCACGAUCCCCUGCGACUCAAGGACGCCGUCAUUAAGGAUAUUCCACAUCACGAAUUCAAAUGUAACAACGACAGCGUUGGCUGUCUGGGCGACGAUUAUUGUCCACCCCAGUGCAAUUGCGCUGGCUCGGUGGUAAGGUGUUCGAGGGCUCAGCUUACGGAGAUUCCACGUGGGAUUCCACCGGAAACCACGGAGCUGUAUUUGGACGAGAACGACAUUAAGACCAUCCAGCCAGAGAGACUGAACCACCUGAGGAUUCUGACCAAGCUCGAUUUGAGCAACAAUCAGAUCGGAAUGUUGUCGAACGAUACCUUUAGAAAUCUCACGAAGCUGUCACAUCUAAUCAUCAGUUAUAACAAAUUGCAGUGUGUGCAAAGAAAUGCUCUCGCUGGACUGAAGUCUCUGCGUAUAAUCUCUCUCCAUGGCAAUGACAUAUCAGUAAUUCCCGAGGGUGCCUUCGAGGAUUUAAAAUCGAUAUCUCAUCUUGCUCUCGGUUCGAAUCCUCUCUACUGUGACUGUAGCAUGCGAUGGUUAGCUGAAUGGGUGAAAAAAGAUUUUGUUGAGCCUGGUAUAGCCAAGUGUAUGGAUCCACCGAACAUGAGAGACAAGCUUCUUUUGACAACACCACCUGACGCAUUUCAAUGUAAAACCAAGCAACAGCCAGCCGAGGUCUUGGCCAAGUGCGACUUGUGUUACACCGCGCCAUGCCAGAACGGAGGACUCUGCGAGGCGCUUCCGGAUCGGCAGUUCCGUUGCAAGUGCGCGCCAGGAUAUCACGGGGACCGGUGUCAGCAUAAAAUUGACGCGUGCUAUGGAAAUCCUUGCAAGAACUCCGGAACUUGCAAAGUAUUGGAGGAAGGAAGAUUCAGUUGCGACUGUGCCCCCGGAUACGAGGGACUCCGAUGCGAGAGUAACGUUGACGACUGUGCGAACAACAAGUGCGCCAAUAACGCGACCUGCAUCGACCUCGUUCAGGCCUAUCGAUGUGACUGCACCCCAGGAUUCAUGGGAGAAUACUGCGAAACGAAAAUACCCUUUUGCACAAAGGGGCACGACCCCUGCGAGAACGGGGGUCGAUGCGUCGAUCACCAGACCCACUACAGCUGCGAAUGCCCGGUCGGCUUCACCGGCCUUAAUUGUUCCACCAACCUGGAUGACUGCGGUGAUCAUAUGUGCCAGAACGGUGCUACUUGCAUCGACGGCAUAAACAAUUACGAGUGUAAGUGCGCGGCGGAGUAUACUGGGAGGUACUGCGAGAUUGCACCAUCAACAGCCAUGUUAUAUCCGCAGACGAGUCCUUGUGCACAUCACGAUUGUCAAUAUGGUGCCUGCUUCCAGCCAGCUCCUGCCUCCGCCGCGGACUAUCUUUGCCAGUGCCACCCCGGCUAUACCGGAAAACGAUGCGAGUACCUGACGAGUCUGAGCUUCGUGGACAAUAGCUCGCUGGUCGAGCUAGAGCCGCUACGCACGAGGCCCGAGGCAAAUGUGACCAUCAUUUUCACGACCACGCAGGAAAACGGGGUUUUACUCUACGACGGUCAAAACGGCGAGCACAUAGCCGUUGAGUUAUUCAAUGGCCGCGUACGAGUCUCUUAUGAUGUUGGAAAUUAUCCUACGUCGACGAUGUAUAGUUACGAGAUGGUCUCCGAUGGUAAGCCCCACAUGGCUGAACUUCUAGCGAUCAAGAAGAACUUCACGAUGAGGGUUGAUCGCGGUCCAGCCAGGAGCAUCAUAAACGAAGGCCCGAGGGAAUAUUUGAAGCUCAUCACGCCGAUGUACGUUGGUGGUGUCACACCCGAAGUCGCUAACGUAGCCUUCUCCGAGUUUCAUUUAAGGAACGUCACGAGCUUCCAAGGCUGCAUCUCCGAGAUGUGGAUCAAUCACAAGCUAGUGGACUUUAGUAAUGCCGCCAAAAGGCAUCGCGUUACUCCUGGAUGUGCUUCUAACGAGGAGGAAGCUGAUGAAGCACGAGACAUCAUCGAAGCUGAAGGCAUUGCUGUUGGCAGUAACGAAGAUACCUUGCCACAGGAACAUAUUCCUCCUCGCGAACAUUCCGAUAUCGUCGUAUCGCUCCCAAUCACAGGAAUCUCCGAUCCCUGUGCCGGUCACGAGUGUAAGAAGGGUUCUCAAUGCGUUCCAUCGUCAUUUGGGAAUGAUUAUUCCUGCAGAUGUCAGACCGGCUGGUACGGGCGAUACUGCGAAAAAGCGCCAACGUGUCGUAAAGAGCACACGAGGGAGUACUACAGCGAGAACGGAUGCCGUAGUCGACGACCUGUGAAACUUGCCAAAUGUUGGGGAAGUUGCGGCAAUUCGUGCUGCUUACCAAGAAAGACCAAACGACGCAAGGUUCGGCUGAUCUGUACGGAUGGCAUGCGGUACACGAAGGACGUCGACCUUGUUCGUAAGUGCACCUGCACUCGAAAGUGCUACUAGCAAGUAGUAGUAUUCGCAUCUUGUCGCACGAGCAGCCUCUCUCUCAACAAUCAUCAUCGUAGCAGUACAUUGAGACUUGACGAGAUCAUCAACGAAGAAACCCCGAGAUCCAAAAUGUCACGCUAUCGAUCUUUUAAAUAUCCCUGAACAUUCAAAGAUGCGCCGAAGAAGGAAAGAA